GAAUCCAGAAACCAGAAUCCUUCAAGGGAAAAGGCUUCUAUAGCUUUUGUUGCCACAGAUUUGAGAAGUAAGACUGCAAAAGCUUCUUUGGGGUCGAUUGCGAUGGAGGCCUCCCGCGUCGUUCUGCGGCAGAUCCUCUGCGUAUCCGGCUCUGUAGUGGAUAGCCAUAGCCGUUCUUCUUUUUCUUCCUCAUCCUCUUCUUCUUUAAAGUUUGAAACUUUGUCCUUUUCGGGGAAGGUCAAAUUGCGUAGCGAUGGAUUCAGGGAUAAAGGGCACAUGAUGUAUUACAAUGGGUCGUCGAGGUGUGGGGAAAAGAAGGAGAUUAAGAGGAAGUUGAAGCUGUUAAAAGGGUUGUCCAAGGACUUGUCUAUGUUUUCGAAUUUGGGAUUUGCUGAAGAUCCUCAGAUUCAAAGCAGUUUGGUCCGUGAAGAUAAGGGCAAGAUUGUUAAGGAAGCAACAGAGGUAUUACUGAAUCAGCUAGAACAGUUGAAAGCGGAGGAGAAGGAAUUGAAGAGGAAAAGGAAAGAGGAGAGGGCUAAGUUAAAAGAGGAAAGGAAGAAAACCAUGGUUGUAUGUGAAUCAUCAUCAUCAUCAUCAUCAUCUGAAUCAAGUGAUGGUGAAUGUAGCGAGGUAAUUGACAUGAGUCAACUUAGAAACGAAGAAUCCAUUGCACAGCCAGUGCUGGAUGAAUCCAUACCUGUCAUUGAAGCUGCAACCACAUCAAUCCUUCCAAUUUUACUGCCUCAAGAAGAAAGUGUGACCAAGGAAAGUGGUUUUGAAGAUGGCAGUCAUCGAAAUUAUGAAGGCCAAUGCUGGACUGCUGGACCAAGUGCUAGCAGCUGCAGCAAUGGCAGUGGUGUUAGUUAUGAUGAAGGGAGUAGAUCAGUGAGAGGAGCAUCGAUGAAGAGGAUUGAAGUGUGUAUGGGUAAGAAAUGCAGCAAAUCAGGAGGAGCAGCAUUGUUGCAGGAAUUUGAGAGGGUAGUAGGUGUUGAGGGAGCUGUUGUUGGGUGCAAGUGUUUGGGGAAGUGCAGAGAUGGUCCUAAUGUUAGGGUCUUGAAUUCUAUUGAUGGGAUUGAGAAUGAGGAAACGGAUGUUUCUGUUAGGUCUAUGGCUAAUAAUCCUUUGUGCCUUGGGGUUGGCUUGGAGGAUGUGCAAGUUAUCGUGGCCAAUCUGUUUGGCAAAGACGGGGAAGCCUUGGAAUUGAGCCCUGCAUCUUAGUAUUUGCCUUUGGUUACAACAUCAAACGGUUAUUGUUACUAGCGUUGGCCCUGGUUAGUUCAGCUGUUAGGGAAUACCUGAUAGCAUUUCUUCCUUUCCCAACUUUCUUUGUUUGGUUGGUUUGUUUGUUUUUUUGUUAAAACCAAUGAAAUAUUAAUAAUGUAAGAAUUACAAAGUAUCUGUUGCCAUAUAAGUGGUACAUAAGGCUAAAAGAACAUAGCCUAUAGCACAAGUUAUAAUGACACUUAGACUAAGAUUAAAACCAAAUGUUUACA